CAUGACUUUGGACGGAGAGUUUUGUUGUUGACGAGAGGAAUACGAGGAUAGGUAGGUGCAGUAAAUUUAAUUUGCCUCUGAAAACGGUCGUGGAAUUUCGCCGCGCGUGAGAGGACACGUAGCUUGAGGGAACUGCUGCGCCAUGUCGGCUACGAGGAAUUGUCCGGUACAUCCCCCCGAGCUGUGAGAGAACGCCGUCCCUGUGGUUGGGAGCACGCUUGGCUUGCUGGCAGUGAAAGUAGUGGUGAUUUGGCUCUGCCCGUAAAGAAGCCCGCGCUCUGCGAGGGAAACUUCGAGGGGCAUGGUGGUGACGUCGGAGAACCCAAAAGGGGCAUCGGCCUCUUCGAGCAACGACGAAGGCGGCAGCACGAGCGGCCAACAGGAUGGCAGCUUCGAGUGCAACAUCUGCCUAGACACGGCCAAGGAUGCUGUGGUCAGCCUAUGUGGCCACCUGUUCUGCUGGCCGUGCCUGCAUCAGUGGCUGGAGACACGGCCCAACCGCCAGGUGUGCCCAGUCUGCAAGGCAGGCAUCAGCCGAGACAAGGUGAUUCCCCUUUAUGGCAGGGGCGGCUCCAAACAGGACCCCAGGGAGAAAUUGCCUCCUCGACCACCGGGACAGAGAUCCGAACCAGAAAGUCACCCUGGGUCUUUCACCUCCUUUGGCUUUGGAGACACCGGCUUUCACAUGUCGUUUGGAAUCGGUGCCUUUCCCUUUGGCCUGUUUGCUUCCACCUUCAACUUCGGUGACGGCCGUCCUCCGCCGACAGCCAUGGGCAGCCAAGAGCACCGCCAGGACCAGAUCGUGUCCCAGGUGUUUCUCUGGGUGGCCUGCAUUUUUCUGGUGUGGCUGAUCAUCGCGUGAUUGGUUCUCGCCGCCACGAAACGUCAGCUGUGCCGUUCCCAGCCAAAAGAGUCUUGGGGGGUGGGGCAACAAUGCCUUCCGAACCGCUUCUCUCACUGGACUGGUCUCCCCGGAGCCUGCGGCGGUCGGAAAAUUCUCGCGUCCAUUUCAACGAAGGCCUCCUCCCCCCUUUGGAGUUCCCUCCCUUCCCCGCCACCUUUCUUCUCCGCUCCUUUUUGUACGUCACGUUGCCGUUAAAAAGCAUGUGCGACGGGCUUGUCUGCUAGACAGGUGUGCCCCUAGGGGCACCGAAGACUGGACGUUACGCCGCCACCUCCAGUGUCGGAAGGUGGGCGGGUGGGCACGAGCGCACGGAAGCUUUUGGGCAACAAACGUGGUCUUGACUGUUGCUCUCUCCCCUAGACAUCUGUUGACAAACAAGCCCCUCGCGAAGAGACCACGUGCGUGCAGACCAGAAAUACAUUCGUCGAGUCUGGGGUGUAACAAAGGGGUGGGCAUAGUACUUGUGUAAUUCCGGCUGUGUCGCUCUCGUGGUGUCAGACUUCGUUUUGUUAGUGCAAAGCAUCAGCCUUUAAAAAAAAUGGAAAAACAGCUUUACCGAUCAACAGACGUGUGCAAUGUGUGCCUGAUGUGAUUUCUGUGUGUGUUUUCUGUUUGUUUUUCUUUCUUUAGACUUUCCGUAAUGAUGACGCUGCAGCUGGCUGGACUGCAUUGUUUACUCUUUCUCUUCCUCAAGUUCGGGACGACGAGAAGAGACUGCUCACAUGUAGCUUUAUUUCAUUUAUUUUUUAUCCAUAUUUUUCUUGAUUUUUUUUCUUUUCUGGGACAUUUCUGCACCUGUUGCUGACAUUCCUUCCCAGCUGUGGCAGAGGCCGAGGUCUUUCAGGCUUUUGUGCCAUUCUACAGUAGCCACAGUUUUGGCCAUUGUGUGUCGCUACCAGACGCUGCGACACAUCAAGGCAUUUGCAUUGGGGUUGAUAUUUUGUAAUAAAUGUGUAUACACGGAGUGGAAAUGUGUUCUGCACUGCUUUUAUGGUGCAGUUGUUUUAUUUUUUUCUCUCAUCUUUCCAGUCGUACUUGUCAACUGUGUGUAAAUAAACGGCCCUGUUGUGAGAUACUAGGCAAGAUGGAGUAUAUUUACUGCAGAAAAAAAAAAUUCUUUGGAAGUCCUUGCAGCCAUGGGCCUUGUCAGUCAUUGGUUUCAUGGAUUAGAAAUUGUUGGAUAUUGAAUGGUUCGAAUUUUAUAUAUUUUUUCGUUCUCUGGGAAAUAAAGAAACAAAGACCACA